UACAUGCAUAAAAGCAUAUGCAUUUGGUGAAAUUCAGCAACUGUGUUUCUCUCGUCUUUCUUGGUUUUGCAAUUUUCUUCUUCUUCUUCUUCUUAUCCAACCAAAAGAUGGCCACCUCUGACGACACUCCCAAAUCCAUCUACGAUUUCACUGUCAAGGAUAUUCGUGGGAAUGAUGCGAGUCUAAGUGAAUAUAGUGGAAAGGUUCUUCUGAUUGUGAACGUUGCUUCAAAAUGUGGUUUGACACAAUCAAACUACAAGGAGUUGAAUGUUCUUUACGAAAAGUACAAAAACAAGGGUUUUGAGAUCUUGGCAUUCCCUUGCAACCAGUUUGCAGGACAAGAACCGGGAAGCAACGAGGAAAUUCAGGAGGUUGUAUGCACUAGGUUCAAAGCUGAAUUCCCAAUCUUUGAUAAGGUUGAGGUGAAUGGGAAGGAUGCAGCUCCCCUUUACAAAUUUCUAAAAUCACAGAAAGGGGGUUUCCUUGGAGACGGAAUUAAAUGGAACUUCACAAAGUUUUUGGUAAAUAAGGAGGGGAAGGUUGUGGAGAGAUAUGCUCCUACCACAUCUCCUCUCAAAAUUGAGAAAGACAUUCAGAAUCUAUUGGAGGCGGAGUCUUCCUAAGUAUGAAGGGCAUGUUCGCUUUGGAUUUGCAGGGCGGUCUCGGAUCAUGCUGUGUUUAUGUAAUAAAUUAUGAAUUGUGUAAAUGAUAAACAUGGUAGUUAAACUGAUGUUUGUUUGUUGGAUGGUGAAACCAGUGCUUGAUAUACUCGGAUCAUGGUGUGUUUAUGUAACAAAUUAUGAAUUUUGUGUAAAUUAUAAACAUGGUAGUUAAACAGAUGUUUGUUUGUUGGAUGGUGUCAGU